AGAGUUAUGGCGUCAAUCACGUCAAGCCACUCUAUAAUAGUGCCGAUCUGUGACCCAUGUGCUUCAAUGCCAGAUCUCAGGAUCGCGGACAUGGAUAUACGGUAGACACAGGACUUGUAGUGAUUAGUUUAAGCUUAAAGAUUUGAUAUUUGGGCCUAUGUCAGUCUUCUAAUAUAUUUAGUGAACCAUUCAGCAGAAUGAUUUUACUGUUUUCCAUGUUAUCUUUAAAAGUCUUCAGUGUUCAUUCCUCAGCCAGUAUCAUAGACUGUGAAAGUGAACGCAAAACAGCCGAGUACUUAGAGGGUCAGACCUUUUCCCUGUGCUGUUCUUUAGACUUGGAAUGUAACAGGACUCAAUGGACUGACUACCUUGGUAUUAAGAAGAGAAACAGUCACUCGGAACAUCCGAGCAGAUUCGCUGUUAACCGGACAGAUCGGUGUGUUGUGAGGUAUUCUGUUGUUAGCGCUGUGACUGAAGACACUGGCAUAUAUGCAUGUUAUAGAAAUGAUGACAAUUACAUAUUCGACAACAUGGAUGUAACAAUCAUAGAAAAACCCAGCGGAUUCACCAUACAGUCUAUCACGUGUUCUGACCUGAAAGAUUUGAAUAUAACAUUCUCAUACAGAAAUGUUAACCCUACCUUUGACCAAGUGCAAGUGACGCUGGAAGAACAAGCUAAAGAGCCAAUGGCCUGCCAGGCAAACUGCUCUGCCUCAACUCAAAUCUGUCUGUGCCAGAUAAGACAUGCAUUUGAUAGUAUCAUACACAACAGGAAUGUGACUUUGAGAGUUAACGUCACUAGAUCUUCCAUUGAGUCCACUGAGUUCCUAACAAGUAUCAAUCUUAUUGACUUUAUUGUCCCAAGUCCUGUCCAAGAUCUGUCAGUAUUCAACAUCAGCUCAACUGAAGCCAUUCUCAAAUUUCGUCCAACUUUUGAAACAAAAAAUUUAAUACAUUGGAUGUUUGAGAGAGGCAAAGUGCUGACAUAUCACGUGACUCUAUUUUCUACCAGCCCAAUGGAGAAAUGGAAAAUACAGUUCAAUAAAACUGUUCUAUUUGAUGGCAAGUCCAGUGAGUUUACUGCCGUCUGGUUUCAAGAUUUGAUUCCAUUCACUCAAUACACCCUCAUCGUCUGCUGCUCUGGAGGAGGAGGUCAAGGCCAAGGUAGAGAGCUAACAUUUAUUACCAACCAAUCAGUUCCACUUGAGCCUCCAGAGGUAGAUAACUUCAGCUAUAUGAGAUGGUAUGAUAUAUCCAGAGUUAAGUCCUCUUGUGUGUUCAUUAUAAUAAAGCCAUUACACAGGACAUCAAGUGACCGCAAAGACGUGAGUUUUAAGGCUGAACUGACAACACAUUCAGAGGAUCUACCAAUCAAAAAGUGUUACAGCAUAUGCCAGCUAUGUCAAGUACCGAGAGAUUCAUUCAGUGUUAGACUCUGGACGUUAAACAGAAUUGGACAAUCAAAGACUUACACAGAGAUCACGAUUCCCACCUCUACAGAGGCAACAAAUCCUACAACAAUUGUGGAAUUCGAGAGUGGAUUCGUUCACUUAAAUGUCCAGCUGCCCAGUGAGCAUGAUAUAGAGAAUUUAACUAUCCACUGGUGUCACGGAGAGAACAAUACAAGGUCACUGGCUAUUUGUAAGGAUUACCCCCAACAUAGAUUUGUAUCACCAGGACACAGAAGCCUAAACAUUUCUAUAGAAUUAGAUGACCUCACUUCGGACAUUUAUACUACCAUCUCACCUCUACGAGUUUUUCACUUGGAGGAUGUUAGUCAAGGUCUACACGACGUCGCCGCUACACAGUCAACAAAAACAGCUAGAACAUCGAAUCUGUUUCUCUUAGAAAAGGAAGACGCGCCAACAGCAGAAAAUUCUAUAAUUAGAAUCUUUGUGUCAGCCCAAGUUCAAGGUCGCUGGAUGGGCAUGGUGGAAGCUGAGUGUUACUUUGACAGAAACAGUGGUCAUGCCAACGUCUAUCUGUCCAGUUUUUCAGACUCGUCUGGUCAAACAUUUCUCAGAUUUGGUCAACACUGUGACAGAACGUAUCAGUUUAAGGUUGCAACAUUUCAUAUUCACAGUUCGAUAGACGUCACUUGCAAUUCAACUAAUAAACUAGAUGAAGUCAGUUCAACUUUAGAGUCACAUGUUUACCCAGUUCCAAAGGAUUCUUUGUUUAUCUGUGUGUUGGCAGUAGGAUCCAAUGGACAAAUUAAAUUCUUACCUGCGCUUCCAUUAAUGAGAUCUUCUGAAGGACUUUCAACAGAUGUCAGUAAAAACGGAACACUUAGGGCUUUGAGUAUAGCUGCACCCCUAGUCUUAUUGAUCGUGCUCCUUACAACAGGAGUUUCUUUCAUGCGAAGAUGUCAGAAUAGAAAAUCGAACGUUCAAGAAUUUAUAAUAAAAGAGAAACUAAUGAAAACGGAUGCUGAAACUUUCUUGAAAGGCAGAGACAUUGUAGAUGGAACUGUAGAUAUUACCCGAGUGUCUGACACAAACAAAUUCAGAGCACAACUACUGAAAGACAGCGAUUCACCAAACCAAGGGAAUAGCAUCCAUGGAACAAUCCAGAAAUCUUUUGGUGCAAAUAACCAUCAAGGUGUAGAAUUGGGCUUCACUGACCUUUAUAAGGAUUAUGGGAAACACAAUUUGAAAUUUCAAGCCACCACCAGCGAGUGUUCAUUAGUCAACGAUGAUAUUCAUUGUGACAGGCUGUCAAGUCGGAGCAGGGUGUCAAGGGACUACAGUGGCUCAGACGACAGUGGAACCUGCGACAGAGAUGGUAACGACAGAGAAACAACACGUGACACUGAACUCUUUUCUGAUCUCAACCAAUGUUCCGAUGAUCAAAGCAACACUUGUCUUAGUGAGGCAUCCAGCUAUCUAAAGAUGAACCUAGAAAGAGAAAAUGAGGACUAUAGAAAAGAUCGACAGAUACCACUGACAUUUUGUUUUUCUGAAACAUUGUGUAGCGAUUUGAGUGAAGCUUCUUUUGACACUAUAUCAAGUUCUAGUCAGUAACGAUUUUAGAAUCAAACAGCAUUACGUGUAAUAUAUUUUUUGUUGUUUUGUUUUGCUAAAGCUAUUAAAAUAUUGUGAGUGAAA